GUGGCCACGUGAAUGAGAAUAGGUGAGAAUGUAAGCUCCUGUGGUCUUAUUCUGUGCGGGUGAGCGAGCGCAUUACUUGGGGCGCACGUGCCUGAGCGAGGUGUGUGCGUGAGUGGGAAGGCACACAUGAGUGUGAGUUUUCACUUCUGACUCUUCAUAAUUUGCCGGAUUUGCACGUGCACCAAUGCAUGCGUGUGUGUGCAUGAAUGAGCAAAUGAGCGGGGCCGCUUGUUCCGGGAAGCCCGUGUGGUUUCGGCCCCCACAGGGCCGGCGGUUCUCACUUGCUCCCGCCCGGCCCGCGGAGCCCGAGACAAAGCGGCAGCGACCCGCCCUGAGCUUUCGUUUUCCGCCCGUGCUCGGCUCCCGCGGCUGCCCGCCUGCUCGCGCGCUUCUGGGCGAGUCCAAAGAGCCCCAGGCGCAGCGCAGUCCUUCCCGGGGCGGGGAGAGUGGGUAGGCGGUCCCUCACGGGAACUUACGCCCGCUGGCCGCGGGGACCCGUGGCCGAGCCGGCUGUGCCCGCGGUGGCCACGGCCCGGUACCCGCUGCCGCCGCUGCAGUUGCGAUCUGCCACCCGGCUGUGCGCGUCCGGAGAGGCCCGGGGUGUCCGCGCCUCCGAGCGAGGAAGGCGGGGGGGGGGGGGGGUGCUGCGCGGAACGGGGCUGAGCCGCGGGCGGAGGGCGCAUUAACACUUGCUCGCCAGGUUGGUGGAGGCAGGGCGGUUUUGCCGGCGGCCGCGGGGCGCCGAGGGUGGGGGCCCUUUAAGCGCCCACCGACGCGGGGCCGGAGGGGGGGGGGGGGGGGGGAGGGAACUCCUCGAGGGUCUUAGGCCGGCCCUCGAGACGCCGCAGAGAGAAGAUGCAGUGAGGGCGGCCUGGCUGGAGUCGUGGAGCCGAGCGCCACGGGUGGCAAGGGCCAAGUGCUGUUCCCCGCGGGGGCGCACGGCCGCAGGCCCCGGAGGUGGUGCCUUCCCCAAAAAACCGGCGACGGAGGUGGGGGGCCUUCCUCGAGGCCACUGCCGGGGCUGCAAAGAGGCUGCCCCUCAGCCUCCGUUGGGCUCCUUCCCUAGUGGGAGGGCGAGAGGGAAAGAGGGAGGAGAGAGAGGAGGGGGAGGGAGGGAGCUGGGGAGAGGGGGGCUCCGCGCCAACCGCCGGCGGAUCCAGCAGCUCCUCGGGGAGGACGCGCGGGCGGGGGAGGGCGCGCCGAGGCCCGCUCCCGAGAAGUGGCCGCGGAUGACGGCAGAGGUGCAGCCAGCCCCGCGCGCGCAGCCCCCUCCCCCUCGCCCUCCUCCCCCCCCUCCUCUUCCUCCUCCUCCUCCUCCUCCUCCUCCCGGCUCGUCGGCGGCGCAGAGCAGCGGCGGCAGCGGCGGCGGCGGCAGCAGCCACCCGAUGUCUUCGGCGCCCGAGAAGCAGCAGCCACCGCACGGCGGCGGCGUCGGCGGCGGCGGGGGAGGCGGCGCGGCCAUGGACCCCGCGUCGUCCGGCCCGUCCAAGGCCAAGAAGACCAACGCCGGCAUCCGGCGCCCGGAGAAGCCGCCCUACUCGUACAUCGCGCUCAUCGUCAUGGCCAUCCAGAGCUCGCCCACCAAGCGCCUGACGCUCAGCGAGAUCUACCAGUUCCUGCAGAGCCGUUUCCCCUUCUUCCGCGGCUCCUACCAGGGCUGGAAGAACUCCGUGCGCCACAACCUCUCUCUCAACGAGUGCUUCAUCAAGCUGCCCAAGGGCCUCGGGCGGCCUGGUAAAGGCCACUACUGGACCAUCGACCCGGCCAGCGAGUUCAUGUUCGAGGAGGGUUCCUUUCGGCGGCGGCCGCGCGGCUUCCGAAGGAAAUGCCAGGCGCUCAAGCCCAUGUACAGCAUGAUGAACGGGCUCGGCUUCAACCACCUCCCGGACACCUACGGCUUCCAGAGCUCUGCCGGCGGCCUCUCGUGCCCGCCCAACAGUCUGGCGCUGGAGGGUGGCCUGGGCAUGAUGAACGGCCACUUGCCGGGCAACGUGGACGGCAUGGCUUUGCCCAGCCACUCGGUGCCACACCUGCCCGCAAACGGUGGGCACUCGUACAUGGGCAGCUGUGGCGGCGCAGCAGCGGGUGAGUACCCGCACCACGACAGCUCGGUGCCUGCCUCCCCGCUGCUGCCUGCGACCGCCAGCGGGGUCAUGGAGCCGCACGCAGUCUACUCCGGCUCCGCGGCCGCCUGGCCGCCCUCGGCCUCUGCAGCCCUCAACAGCGGCGCCUCCUACAUCAAGCAGCAGCCCCUGUCCCCCUGCAACCCCGCGGCCAACCCCCUGUCUGGCAGCCUCUCCACGCACUCCCUGGACCAGCCAUAUCUACACCAGAACAGUCACAACGCCCCAGCUGAGUUGCAAGGCAUCCCGAGGUAUCACUCCCAGUCCCCCGGCAUGUGUGACCGCAAGGAGUUCGUCUUCUCCUUCAACACCAUGGCGUCCUCGUCCAUGCACUCGGCCGGCAGUGGCUCCUACUACCACCAGCAGGUCACCUACCAAGACAUCAAGCCCUGUGUGAUGUGAGACCACAGCUAGCAGGCCCCACCAGGCCCAGGCGGCCUGGCGCAGGGACCUGGAACGCAUUGCAAGAAACUGCUUUAUUCUUGAGGUAUAACCAUAGGCAGAAGACGAGGGUUUGACCCCUACCCACCUGGAUUAUUUGGAAAGAAAUCCCCAAGGCAAAGACGCAGCAUGGCGGUCAGCACCUCCUCCCCAACUUCUUCAAAAGAUUAACACAUGGUGGCUGUGGGGUCUGUCUGACGCAGCUGUUGGUAAAUAAGUAUCUGUUUUUGAUCCAGUUGAAGGCGACUGAGAAGGUGCUGUGUUGGGGGGACCCUCAACAUCUAAAUGAGAAUUCUGCUGAGGCCUCUCCCCGCCUUCCCUCCAAUGGCAGAAGUGGGGGAAGGUUUUCAGAAGAAAGGCAAACAUGUGAGACCAUCAUUAUCAAAUACUUUAUUUUUUGGUUGAGUAUUUAUCUUUUUAUUUUUAAUUUUUUUUUUUUUUGAAAGAAUGUCUUGGAAUGCGCAAGUCUCCUCUUAGAACCGGGUUUUGCAGGGACGGGGGGGCAAGAAAUCCCAUCUCCCUCCCCAUCUCUGAAGCCCUCCAGCAACCACAGGUGGAUCUUUGUGCGGACUUGCAUUUCCGAAGCCACUGUUCGUCUUACAAAAGGAAACCAGGAGGAGCCCAGAAGCAGGGGCCCCCCGGGCCUCUGCCCUCCCCUCAGUCCUCCUCGGCCUUCUCUACAGUCCUUUUGGUUUUGUUUCCGAUUGCAUUUUGACUUUUUUGGCGGGUGUUCGUCUCACAAGACCCAACUGUCUCCCGAUCUCUACUGUAAAAACGUGCUGGCGUGAGAGCAAGGGGAGCACAGCGCGGCGCGGGGACAGGGAAGGCCGGUGAGCGCACGAAUUCAGGAUUGCGGCGAAGGCGACGCAGAAAGGUUAAGGCACUUUUUUAAACUAUAGCAAGGCUCAUCCUGUUAUUUAUUCUACUUUCUUCCCUAAUAAUCGAAACACCGCAUCAGCUCCUCCGUUUAUCAGUAUUAAUGGUGUAACUUUGUUGGCAAUAUUUGCCGCGUAGAAAUUUUUUUUUUUAGAGAUCCAUUGUAAAUUUGAAACAAAGUCCAAUCUGUGUAAAAACAAAUUUCCAUAUGUUUAUAUAAAUAUAUAUAUAAAACGAAGGACUACCCCUUUUUUUAGUAUUUGGCUGCUGGGGUGCAGCGUUUGUGACACGUAUUUUAAAUUUCCUUCUGCACUGUAUAAAAUGACAAUUCGAGGAUGUUUUGCCUUUUGUGUAUUUUUUCCUAAAAAAAGAACAAAAAUAAAAAUGUAUAACAUUUGUA